CGGACCUCGGGACGGACGAACCGGCCCCCGGAAUACCGUUCGGCGGCUUCCGUGGCCGCCCCCGGGACCCCCCCCCGGGCGGAGAUGCCUCAGCGCUCGACGGGGGACAAGCCCCCGACGUCCGUGCCACAGCUGAUCCUCCCGAGCCCGCCCUCGGCCGUGGACGGCGGGAGCGGCCACAGCCCCCCCAGCAGGCGGGCGUCCCUCGGCUCGCCCCCCAGCCACGACGCCCUGGGCUCCUGCAGCCAGCCGCUGUGCCAGCCGCCGGCCGGGAAGCGUGACCCCCGGGCGGCCCCCGAGACGCGCCACGUGGCUGCGGGGCCGCAGAGCACGGUGUGUGGCUGGCGGGCCUUCGCGCCCGAGUGCCUGCGGGCCUUCAACACGCCCAGGGCCUUCCUGCUCUUCCUGUGUGCGGCCGCCUUCCUGCAGGGCAUGACCGUGAACGGCUUCAUCAACACGGUCAUCACCUCCAUCGAGCGCCGCUACGACCUGCGCAGCUACCAGAGCGGCCUCAUCGCCAGCUCCUACGACGUGGCCGCCUGCCUGUGCCUCACCUUCGUCAGCUACUUUGGGGGCACCGGCCACAAGCCGCGCUGGCUGGGCCGGGGCGUGCUGGUCAUGGGCGCCGGCUCGCUGGUGUUCGCGCUGCCCCACUUCGCCGCGGGCGCCUACGAGGCGGAGGGCGCCGAGGGCCUGGGCGCGUGCCGGGCCAACCGCAGCCUGGCCUGCGGGGACCGCGCCUCCGGCCUGUCCGCCUACCGCCUGGUCUUCAUGCUGGGCCAGUUCCUGCACGGUGCGGGCGCCACGCCGCUCUACACGCUGGGCGUCACCUACCUGGACGAGAACGUCAAGUCCAGCCACUCGCCCGUCUACAUCGCCAUCUUCUACACGGCGGCCAUCCUCGGCCCCGCCGCUGGCUACCUGAUUGGAGGCACCCUGCUCAACAUUUACACAGAAGUAGGCCGACAGACGGAGCUGACCACCGAGAGCCCCCUGUGGGUCGGCGCCUGGUGGGUGGGCUUCCUGGGCGCGGGAGCUGCCGCCUUCCUCAUCGCCAUCCCCAUCCUCGGCUACCCCCGGCAGCUGCCAGGCUCCCGACACUACGUGGUCAUGAGAGCGUCGGAGACAUGCCGGCUGAAGGACAGAGGCCACGAGGCGGCCAGCAACCCCGACUUCGGGAAAACCAUCAGAGACCUGCCUCUCUCCAUCUGGCUCCUACUGAAAAACCCCACGUUCAUCUUGCUGUGCCUGGCGGGAGCCACCGAGGCCACACUCAUCGCAGGCAUGUCCACGUUUGGCCCCAAGUUCCUGGAGUCCCAGUUCAGCCUGAGCGCCUCGGAAGCUGCCACCUUGUUCGGGUACCUGGUGGUGCCGGCCGGGGGUGGCGGCACCUUCCUGGGUGGCUUCUUCGUGAACAAGUUCAAGCUCCGUGGUGCGGGCAUCAUCAAGCUGUGCCUUUUCUGUGCCCUGACCAGCCUGCUGGCCAUCUUCGUGUUCUUCAUGCACUGUCCCAACGUGCCCGUGGCGGGUGUGACCGCCAGCUACCACGGCGGCCUCCUGCCCCAGGGCCGCCUGGAGCUGACCGCCGCCUGCAACGCGGCCUGCGGCUGCCGGCCCGAGCUCUACAGCCCCGUGUGCGGCUCCGACGGCCUCACGUACUUCUCGCCCUGCUACGCGGGCUGCCCGGAGGCGGCCGAACCCGGCCCGGGCGGCCAGAAGGUGUACCGAGACUGUAGCUGUGUCCCUCAGAAUUUUUCCUCUGGUUUUGGCCAUGCCACUGCAGGGAAAUGCACCUCAACUUGUCAGAGAAAGCCCCUCCUUCUGGGUUUCAUGUUCGUUGUAAUCAUAUUUACAUUCCUCAGCAGCAUUCCUGCGCUCACGGCAACGUUACGGUGUGUCUGUGACCGGCAGAGAUCGUUUGCGCUGGGAAUCCAGUGGAUUGUGGUUAGAACUCUAGGGGGCAUCCCGGGGCCCAUCGCCUUCGGCUGGGUGAUCGACAAGGCGUGCCUGCUUUGGCAGGACCAGUGUGGCCAGCAGGGCUCCUGCUUCGUGUACCAGAACUCGGCCAUGAGCCGCUACAUGCUCAUCGCGGGGCUGGUGUACAAGGUGCCUGGGGCGCUGGCCCACCCUCCGCCCGACCCUGGGAAGAGAAACUGCCUGCUUUAUCACGUGUUUCGUGUCGUGUGGGGAGAAGCACGGUAUUUAUAGUUUGAAUUUUCCCCGAUGGGAGGAAGGGACACGGAACCUUCACAAUAAAGUGAAAUCCUGGAGCCAGCCUGUAGGAGUGUCUCGAUUUUCUUCUCUGGGUGGGGGGGGGGGGCUGCUCAGGGGUCCCCCCCUUGCCUCACGUUGGUGUGGAAGCAUCUCGGGGAUGGUGAAUCCUCAGCCCCCUGGGCUUAUCUCCACACGGAUUAGCAUAAUAAUAGCCACGUGUGAGAAAGGAUUUGCGUGACCCCAGCGGAAGGCAAGGGGUCAGUCGGAGGGGGACAUGGCUUCCUGGGAGCUGCCCCCGGGUUUUCCUCUGUGCCCCUGUGCCCGGAGCAACAGGCCGGUACCCGGGCCGUCUGUCCAGCCAGACGAUGAGCCCUCUGCGUCAGCACAGCGGUUACGGUGGCUUCUCAGGUCAGUGUUAGUUUCAGCAGGAGUAGCAGACGGGUCCCCAACGCACCCCCUCCGAUCCCUGCGCCCGAGUGGACACGGGUGCCAGGCUUAUCAGGCUGGUGAUGCUCCCAGAAAAGCUAAAACCCAGCAUCUGCACGUUAAAACACACACGUGUACCGGGGCGCCUGGGGGGCUCAGUCAGUUACGUGUCCAA